AUGGCAGUGAUUGAAGCGGGGGAACCGCGUGUGAUAGAGAACGCAGAGGGCGGGCGAACUACGCCAUCGGUUGUAGGGCUGAACACGCGCUCCAAUGAGCGAUAUGUAGGCACGACCGCAAAGCGCCAGUCGGUCACCAACCCCGAAAACACCGUCUAUUCAGUGAAGCGUCUUAUGGGACGCCGCUUCGAAGAUGAUAGCGUGCAGCGCGACCUUUCGCUACUGCCAUACAAGGUCGUCAAGCAUACAAACAACGAUGCCUAUGUUGUCAUGGGCGGCAAGAACCAUGCGCCGCCGGAGAUUUCGGCGAUGGUGUUGCAGAAGCUGAAGCAGGAUGCCGAGGCAAAGCUGGGCGAACCCAUCCAUCAGGCAGUCAUCACCGUGCCCGCGUACUUCAACGACAGCCAGCGCAACGCGACAAAGGACGCAGGCCGCAUUGCCGGACUCGAAGUGCUGCGUAUCAUAAAUGAACCCACCGCCGCAUCGCUCGCUUACGGCUUGGACAAGAAGACAGACGAGACGAUAGCCGUGUACGACCUCGGUGGUGGCACCUUCGACAUCACGGUGCUUCAGAUCGGUGACGGCGUCUUCGAGGUCAAGGCGACCAACGGUGACACACACCUCGGCGGAGACGACUUCGAUGAGCGCAUCGUUGAUUGGAUCGUUGACGAGUUCAGGCGCGAGCAGGGUAUCGAUCUGAAGCAGGACGGAAUGGCGUUGCAGCGCCUGCGGGAGGCGGCGGAGCGCGCCAAGAUCGAGCUUUCCACCGUAAUGCAAUCGGAGAUUAACCUGCCGUUCAUCACGGCUGACGCAUCAGGGCCUAAGCACCUGGUCAUGAGCUUGUCCCGCUCCAAGUUGGAGCAACUAGUCGCAGAACUCGUGCAGCGCACGAUGGAGCCUUGCAGGAAGGCGAUUUCGGACGCGGGUGUGAGCGUGAGCGAGAUAAAUGAGGUCAUCCUCGUAGGAGGCAUGACGCGCAUGCCCGCCGUGCAGAAGGUCGUAUCUGACCUGUUCGGCAGGGAGCCGCAUCAGGGCGUCAACCCAGACGAAGUAGUCGCGAUAGGCGCGGCGAUUCAGGCCGGUGUGCUUCAGGGCGAGGUGCAGGACAUCCUGCUGCUCGAUGUUACGCCGCUCAGCCUUAGCAUCGAGACGCUCGGCGGCGUGGCAACCACGCUAAUCACGCGCAACACAACGAUCCCGACCGCUAAGAGCGAGACAUUCACCACAGCCGCGGAUAGCCAGCCCAGCGUCGAAGUGCAUGUGGUGCAGGGCGAGCGUAGCAUGGCGGCAGAGAACAAGAGUAUCGGCAGGUUCAUUCUCGACGGUAUCUUGCCCGCGCCCAGGGGAAUCCCGCAGAUCGAGGUUACCUUCGAUAUCGAUGCCAACGGCAUCCUCAACGUGUCGGCAAUGGACAAGGGCACCGGCAAGGAACAGCGCAUCACCAUCACGGCGAGCAGCGGACUGGCGCAAGACGAAAUCGAUCGCAUGGUGCGCGAUGCUGAAAUGCAUGCCGAUGAAGACCAGCAUCGCCGCGAAGAGACAACCACACGCAACAACGCCGAAAAUAUGGCGUACAGUGCGGAGAAGAUGGUUCAGGACAACGCUGACAAGAUUCCGGACAACCUGAAGACCGAGAUCGAAGGAAAGAUUUCAGCGGUUCGCUCGGCUCUGUCCGGUGGCGACAUUGCGGCGAUAACUACCGCUUCAAACGAACUUCAAGAAGCGAUCCAACAGGUCGGACAGGCGGUGUACAGUCAGGCAGGAGCGCCCGGACAGCCCGGUGAAGCUCCCGGAGCCGAUACGCCGGACGACGGCACCGUCGAGGGUGAGUACCGCGAGGUUGACCCGAAGGAGUAG